AUGAAACUAAACACAACAUCGCAAUACGCUGCUUUAAUUGAGCAUGCGCUCAGGGAUAAGGUAGAGCCGGAGGUGCAGACUUCGGAGGCCAGGGAAGCCAUUGACCUGAUACGCUUGACGUUGAAAGAACUAUGCAAACGUGAGGGACCGGCGAAAGACAUUCUGCGACGGUACAUUAACGACGGCAACGCACUUUAUUCCGAGAUAGGCGACCAUCUUGCUGACCAUCAGCCCAACGGCAUCGGAUCGUCCUCAGACGGGCUAGAAGACCAUGACUUUGAUAGCCUUGCUCAAAAAUGGGAUGCACUGACCGAGAAAAUGGUGGUUGCGUGCACUCGCUUGACCCAGUCAACCAAGCUGGCCCAGGAUCAUAUCGAGCUGUAUCUGCGCAAAGCUGCUGAGUGGGAAUAUGGCUAUCUCAAUGAGAUAGAACAGCUUGAGCUCGAACAAAAGCCAAACCUAGUAACGUCACCGCCUGGUACCAUUCGAACCAUCACCAAGGAUUUCCUGCAAAACUUCUUGAAUUCCGUUCGCGGUCCGUUGACCGUACUCUCACUGGCACCGGUUGCUGGAGGCUACUCGAACCAGACCUUUCUAUGCACCGUUGAGCAUGAGAGUGGGAAUUUCGAGCACUUGGCGGUGCGCAAGAGCAAUCCUCGAGUCAUUGCACCAUUCUUGGAUCUUAACCAGGAGUUCAUCUUGCUGGAAGCGCUAGUCCAGGCAGGCUAUCCAGUUCCGCGACCCAUUGACCUUGGGCAUCAUGUUGACGGUAUUGACGAUACCUUCUACACGAUGGAGAAGCUUAAUGGGCGCCUUGCUGGCAGUUUCUUUGACUACGAGGCCAGCAAGUUGUCGAAGCCUGUACUUUUGAACCUUGCCGACCUGCUGGCACGUUUGCAUCAGAUCCCGUUGAAUGCAUUCGACCCUCUCAUUAAGAUAUGCCGUGCUGAAGCGGUGAAGCACGAGACCGUUGAGGACUGCUGUCGACGCAACCUCAAGAACCUGCGCGAACACAUGGAGAAGUUCGAGCAUCUGUCCUCACCAUACGUGAUCUGGAUGCUGAACUGGCUCGAACACAACAUCCCCACAGACAAACGGCGGCCGGUAAUGACACACGGCGAUUUCAACGUUCACAAUGUCCUGGCGGACUCCGAUGACAAGAUCACCGGGGUUCUGGACUGGGAGUGCGCGGAAUUUGGGGCUCCAGAGCAGGACUUAGCCUACAUGAAAGCCAAUGUCUCCGCGCACAUGAAUUGGGACGAAUUUAUCCAGCAGUAUCGUGCCAGCGGUGGGAGUGAGGUGAGUUCCCAAUGCAUGACGUUCUGUUACGGCUACACUGCCCUGCGUGUGGCCAUUGCCCUGCUACGCAAGAACUGGGAUAUUCAACAAUACAAUACGGAUGACCUGCGUUUCGUCCUUAUUCAAUUCAAGUUCACACAUGGCAUGUUCAAGUUAGGUCUGGAUAGCAUUUCUUCUCCUGGGACGAUCAUCAAUAACGACAGUUUAUGA